AAUGGGGUCACUUCACAACUAAGGGGGCACUGGCUCACCCGGAGCCAUGACAGCGUUACAUUACAAUGCGUCGAUCGUUUUGGGGGCGAUGCUUCGUAGUACGUUCUCCCAGCAGUAUCCAUGGCUCCAGAAUCAUAUGGUCGCAGCGUUAGAUAAUGUAUAAAGACCGGCACACUUCUUGCAGAAUAACCGUGAAAUCAACAGACCUACUUCCCCAACUCCAAAUUCUCAUCGAGCAAUCUGCUGUUCCUUUCACACACAAUGCGUCUUUCUGAGUUCCUCGCUGUUGCUCUGGUCACUGGUGCCACCGCAUAUGAUAUCCCAGACAACUUGAGGGAUAUCUAUUAUAAGCAUAAGGGAAAAUGUUCAAACGUACUGAAGGGGGGCUUUACCAACGGUGGCCACAGCGAUGGGAACUCCUUCGAAUACUGCGGUGACAUCGAGGGAGCAAUCUUCAUGCACUCCUCUGCCAAGGGUGGCCAGUACACGAACAUGGAUGUCGACUGCGAUGGAGCCAACAACUCUCAUGGGAAGUGCUCCAAUGACCCCUCCGGUCAAGGUCAAACCGCUUUCAAGGAUGAGGUCAAGAAGUUCGGAAUUUCCGACCUCGAUGCCAAUCUGCAUCCCUACAUUGUGUUUGGAAACGAGGACGACUCGCCCGAGUUCAAGCCUCAGGACCACGGAAUGGAGCCGUUGAGUGUUAUGGCGGUUGUGUGCAAGGGCCAGCUGCAUUACGGUAUCUGGGGUGACACCAACGGUGGCACUUCUACUGGCGAGGCUUCCCUUUCUAUGGCGGAGCUUUGCUUCUCCGAUGAGAACCCCGAUGGUGAUAGUGGUCAUGAUGACAACGAUGUCCUCUAUAUCGGAUUCACCGGCAAGGAUGCCGUUCCUGGAAAGAGUGCCAACUGGAAGGCCAAGACGACCCAGGAGUUCGAGGACAGCAUCAAGUCGAUCGGUGACAAGCUGGUUGCUGGUCUCAAGGCUUAGGCUGUUGAUUAUGGGGCUUGGACGAACGGUGCGGAUCAGCC